CCCCGGCGGACGGCCGCAGCACGGAGGCCUCAAACGGCUUCAUGGUCUCCCUUUUUUUCCCUCUCUCUUCCUCUUCCCAAAAUGCCCCUACACCAUCCUUGCUUUAUGGCGGCCGCGUGCCGUCACCAACAAAGGCGUCGUUACGGGUGGCGAAGGAGCUUUUUGGGCUCCUUUUUGACUCUUGAUAGAUAGCUUAGAUCAUUUGUUCUCUGUCCCUUUCUUAGCCUUUCGACCAGAGGAAAAAAAUGGAGAAAGUUUUGUUUUACUGGGAGUUUUCUGCGAACCCGGUGGGUUGUUUGAAUGCUAAUGAGUUUUUGAGUUGGGAUUCAGUUGAAUUCUGGGGAGGGAGAUGAUGCUGGAGCUUAUCUGGAUCUCUUUUCUUGGUCGAAAACAGCUUCAAAGCUGACGGCUAUUAGAAGUUUUUCAUCGUCAUGAUGCUUGUAAUUAGUUUCUUUUUUCUUUUCCUUCUUGAGUUGUAUCUUCAAUAAUCUGUCAUCGUAUAUGGGAAUCCCAGAAAACAGAGCAGUAGUUCUCUGAAUUCUGAGUUCUUAAUGGUGAUUGGUGGCAUAUGUGGCUGGAAAUUGACUGAAAAAAGAAGAAAAAAAGGAACCUUUUACUGUUGUUGGGAAUCGAACUUCAUCUGUAGAAGUAAUUCAUGGGGCCUCCACUGCAUCUUGAGCGGAAAAGAUCUUGCUUUCGUAAUCGUUGUUUCUCUUCGUUGAAGGCUCAAAUUUGGAAUUUUUGAUUCGGAGGAGAGUGGAAUCGGGAUUUGGAUUUUAUACCUUUGUGACCGUGGGUAGAGGAGGUUUGGUUUGAAGCCAUUGCUUUUGCUUUGAAGGGUGGGUGCCGCUGCCGAAAGCUAUGCGUGGGCUGUGGUGUCUUUUAUUUGAUUAAAGGAAGGGGGGAAUAUGUGGAGUUGGGUCUACGGUGGAAGAAAAGUUCCGAUUCCUUUCCCCAUCGGAGAACAAAAAACAGCUCAGAUUCGAAAACUUUAACUUUGGGAAGGGAGAAAAGGCCUUGAUAUUGGAAGUCGAGUCUUUCUUAUCCUUCUCUGCCAGACGUGUCAUUGGAACAGUUCUCCCUUGCCAUUCCGAAUGGCCUUCAUAGUCUCAGCUUUCGAUCUUGUUUGAUGCUUUCAUAUCUUUUGGAGUGACCUCUCAACAAAAGCAGGAGCUAAGGGCCCACUGAUACAUUAUGGGAAAGAGAUCUUACAAGCGUUCUGCACGGUCUGAGGACAAUGCAGGCUGUAUGCGGGGUUUGAUUAGCAUGUUUGAUUUCCGCCAGGGUCAUUCAAGUCAGAAGUUGCUUUCAGAUAGGAAACAUGGGAGUGGUAGACGUGUUGGCAUCAGAUAUUCAAGAAGUGGACUUGACAAUUCUGAGGAAAAACAAGAAAUUGAAGAUGAUUUUGAUGAAGAAAAAGAAGGAAUAGUUAAUUUGGGUAUGCCUAGUGUCAAACUACUCAUGGAAGAAGAAAUGUCUAAAGCACAUUCCCCGAAGAAGAUUCCAAGUGAUGAAGUCGAACAGAUACUGUCUGACUUGGGACAUAAUGUCCAUCUUGAGAAAAAGCAUAAAAAAAGAAGCAAGAUUCAGAAAGGAAACUCAUAUCUUCAUGUCAAUAAUUUGAAUGCUCCUAUAAGCUUGGAUUGUCAUAUGAACUCGAUGGCGAGAUCUCUCAAUUUUGACUUAGCUACAUUUUUCACAGAAUUCUAUGGUUACGAUGAUGGAUGCCAAGAAAGGCAUGCAGAUUGUAAAAUAAUGAUUGAUUCAAGCCGUUCCUUAAAAGCUGUUGAUCUGGGGAAGCAUUAUCAUCAUGAUGAACCUGAUUCCCAAAUUGAGCAGAAGAAUUCUAUUCUUCAAAAGGCAGUUGGUAGAGUGGCAGAGGCUAUUUUAAAUCAGAAGCUUGUUGAAGCAAAAGAACUUGCUGGCAACAGGGCAGCCCAAUCCGAAGAGUUCAUCAAUGCAUUAGAGAUACUGAAUUCGAACAAGGAAUUGUUUUUAAAGCUUCUUCAGGAUCCAAAUUCAGUUCUGUUAAAACAUAUUCAAGAUAUUCAGAAUGCUCAAAUUGGAAAACAGUUUCAGAUCAAGUCUGGUCAAAACUUGGAAGGAAGUGAAUUGCUAGAAGAAGAGAUUGGCAGUUCCAUGCAAUGUGAAGAAUCUGCCAGUAAUAAAUCUUUUCACAAAAAAUACACCCAUAAGUUCUUUAGAAACAAGGAUCGGUCAAAAGGGACAAGGCCACCGGAGGAAAAUCCGAAUUCCCAGGAUUUAAAUAGGAUAGUCGUUCUGAAGCCCAGUCCAGCAAGAACUCAAAAUCCCUCGAUCAUAAUCGGUUCAAGCUCUUCCCCACGGUCACAUCAUAGCUUGAACCAUCAAGAAGAUGGUCAAAGAGUCAUUUCUUAUUUUUCUCUUAAGGCAAUCAAAAGAAGGUUGAGACAUCUCAUUGGUGAAAGCAAAAAAGACCAUCAUUUGGUCUCCAUGGAUGCUGUUCUACACAAAAUUCCAUACGGAUCUAAAGCUUCAGGUGAUACAGGUAAACAGAUUGCUGGGGAGAGUGAAGUCACAAGUUUGGCAGGUAAAACUUCCUGCAAUACUGAUAACAGUUCCCAAUCUGCUGCCAUUUCCAAGAAAACAGACAAAAAAUUGAAGCCCAAAGAAUGCCAAAUUAAUGUCAAGAGUGAUGUCACUUUCCGGAGGGUAGGAUCUUUCUUCUAUGAGGAGGCCAAGAAGCAUCUUUCUGAGAUGAUACAUGCUAGGGAUCAAAUCAAUAAUUUGCCAAACAAACAUGGCUCAAAAUCCUUGGGAGGGAUACUUUCUCUGCCAGAAUGCCGCUUGUUAUCUCCUACAGAGAGUCCUGCAAGUGAUAAGGAGCUUGACUUAUCACCCAAGCAGACAAGAUUAUCCCCAUCACGACAGUUCAAACAAGAAAAUGCUGCCAGCCAUUUAAGCCCAUCAAGACAGAAUUCCAUAAGUACAGAAUGCAAUAUUAGCAAUCAAGUUGAUGAGACCCAGGUUCUUGAGUCAAAUCCAGAAGUUAUUGAUCCACAAAUGCAUGAGAAAAAUUGCAUAGGGGAAGCUUUAAACCCAGAAGAUAUUGUGCUAGUAGCAGAUGCCAGUUUGGAAGGGUGUAACCAUAUGGUUGAACUUUCAGAAUCAUGUAGCACUGAAGCAAUUGCUAUUGGUGAAAGAUUCGAUGAAGAAGGACGAGAGCCGGUUUCUUUGUUAGAGAAACCAAAACGAACAACCCCAUCUAUAUCUAUCUUGCCUAGCUCUUAUGAGAGCAUCAGUGAAAAGCUAGACCGGCCAAGUCCCAUAUCCAUUCUCGAACCUUUCUGCUCAGAUGAUAUUGUCAGUCCUGCAGGCAUGAUUGUUGAGAAAUCUGAGUUGCCGGUACAACCUCAAGAAUUACAUUUUGAAGAACAUGAUAUUUCUUCAGUAGUUCUAACAUCAUCUAAUUCUGAUGUCCACCAAAGAUUUCAUUUGGAUAACAAAGAAGCGAGGUUUGAAUACAUAAAAACCAUUUUGGAGAUCUCAGGCUUAAGCAUGGAUGAACUUUUGAAGGGAUGGAAUCUGAAUGAUCAAUUUCUUGAACCAUCUUUGUUUGAUGAAGUAGGAACCUCAUACGGUCAAUUACAAAACAAUCCAAAGCUUCUCUUUGAUUGCAUUAAUGAAGUUCUCAUGGAGAUGCAGGAGAGAUUUUUCAGAUUCACCCCAACGGUAUCUUUUAUCAAGCCUAAUGUUCGGCCAGUCCCAAUAGGUAGGGACUUUAUCCAAGAAGUGAGUAAAGGCAUUGAUUGGCAUCUACACGUGCAGUUUCCAAGCACAUUAGAUCAGAUACUGCGGAAAGACUUGGAUGCUAGAACCUGGAUAAACCUCCGGUUCGAAACUGAAGACAUGUGCAUUGACAUUGAAGAUACCCUCUUAGAUGAUAUACUGGAAGAAACUGUAUAUGAGUUCUGGUUUGAACCUUAAGCUUGCUAAGGGGCAAUGCAUAUUUCAGAGUUGAAGAUAAAUGAACAAGUGCAAUCACAGCUAAUAUGAUACAAAUAAAGUUUUUUUUCUCUGCUGACGUCAUUUAUUUCUGUGAUCUGGGAAAUGAAGGGGAGGGAAUGGUUGUGCCUUUUUAGUGAAGUAUGGUUGUGGAUUUCGUAGGCUAAAUAGGAUUUUUUUUUUUAAUUUUCCUAUAUGUUUUCUACUGUACCAGUCACAGCUAUGACGGCAGAAAAUAUCCAAGUGUAGCAUUUACUGCUAAUUUGAGGGGUUUUUUUUAAAAAAAAAAGGUUGUGGAGAUCAAAGGAGGUUGUAGUAUAUGGAAGUUUCAUCACUUGUACCACUGAGAAUAACCAGAAAAGAAGCUAUCAGCUGAUGUCUUCUAUUUAUACUUUAUUAGCAGUUCUCCAAUGCUGUAAUAAAUGAUUUGAAACGUUGAUGUUGUUUUAUGCUUUGUAAUCCUUACUGUUCUGCAGAAACAGUAUCAAUUCUGUCCUGGAUGUCUGCAAGCCUGUCGCAAGAUGGUCAAAUGUAAUAUGGCAAUUGAGACUUCAUUUAUUGCAUGAGAAAUGUUGUGCUUGGGUCUUUGACUGGAAUACAACUA